AUGGAUGACUUGGACAUGCCCUCGCAAUCGAUAGAUGGCCAGCUCGCUGAUGUACCCGAGUCACAGUUUACGUCUCUCAGCACAAAGCGUGCUACGAGUUCGGCAAAGCUAUGGACUUUUGUCGCCCCAACUGAGCAAGCCCACCGUGACAUUCUGCAACGGGACCUGAUCAGGCUUUCACACGAAGAGGAACAGAAAGUAAGGGCAAUGAUCACGCAGGAAGUCCAGCGUCGCUUUUGGUAG